AGGAGGGGGGGCGACAACCCUGCACCUGCUGCGCCGACCCGGGAGGGACACGGUGACACAAACCCGCGCCGGUGCCCUGACACCCCCGCUCCUGCCGCACCCCGGCUGGGGAAACCCCACCCCGGUGCCCUCCGCCCCGGGGUGGGGCUGCCCGAUGCCCGCAGUCCGGGAGGGACCGGCCCGGCCCGGCGGCACCUGCGGCUCCUGCGGCGGCGGCGGCGGCUGCGGCUCCUGCGGCUCCUGCGGCGGCGGCGGCGGCGGCGGCGGCGGCGGCUGCGGCGGUGGUGGGCGGAGAUGGCCCGGCCGGUGCCACUGCCCCGGCGGGACCGACCCCGGCCCCGGCCCCAGCACAGCUACGAGGGCUUCCUGGAGAAGCGGGGCCCGUGGGACCAGGUCUCCCGGAGGGUCUGGGCCGGGCUGCGGGGGGUCACACUCGCCUUCUACGGGCAGCCCCGGGACUGCGAGGUACGGGGGGUCCCUGGGUGGGGACACCGAGUGGGCUGCCCUGGCCGGGACCCGUGGGACACCCCCAGGCUGGGACCCUCCUGUGGGACCCCUCCAGGCUGGAGACACCCCUGGACCCGGGCCCCCAUGUCUGGGGCGCCCUCUGGGGGGGCCCACACUCAGGUGCCCCCAGCCCCUGGAGGUGCUGGACCUGAGCAAGCUGGUGGCCGUGUGGGCCCGGGGUGGGGACCUUAUCCUCCAGCUGCGGGGACAGGGACAGAAGGUGACGCUGAAGGCGGAGAGCUGGGAAGCGCAGGAGAUGUGGCGGGGAUUCAUCCUGACCAUGGUGGAGAUGAAGGUCCCCACCGACCUGGCACUGCUGCCCGGCCACCUCUUCCAGCUCUCGGAGGCCCUGCGCGAGGAGUGGGACCGACGGGCCAUCCCCAGGUCCCCUGCCACCCGCAGCCCCCCGGCCACCCCUGGUGCCCCCAAGCCACCGCUGUCCCCGGUGCCCAGCUGCUUCUUUGAGGUGACGCGCCUCGAGGCCGAGGGGCUGCUGGAGCGGAGUGUGGGCAGGGGGAACAUGGUGCUGCGCCCCAGGGGACACGGCCAGGGUGUCUCUGUCACCACGCGCCAGGAGAUGAACGGCAUGGUGCUGCUGAGGCACUACAGGGUGAACCACGUGGACCAGGGCUACAUCAUCGAUGUGGACACGCAGCAUCGCUGCUCCUCGCUGGCUGAGGUGGUGCAGUACUUCGUGGAGAGCAGCAAGGGCAGCCUGCAGCCCCUGCACCGGGAGUACAGCUCACGGCUCGAGUUCGUGGAGAUGGAUGGUGAGAAUGCAGAGGAGACCCAGAGGGUGUGCGAGCCCCCCCCGGCUGCCCCCACACCCCCGCCCCGUCGGCUCAGCGCACUGAAGCCAUCCUCGAGCCCCCAUCGCCCUGCGCUGCAGUCCCCGGGGGGGCCUGAGGGACCCCCCCCAUUUGGGGCCAUCCCAGAGAAGCAGACCUACAUGAACAAGCAGGACAUGGUGGACGAGCUCGCCAAGAAGCUGCAGCUGCACAGAGCUCUCAUCGAGGACUGAUGCAUCCCAGCGCCAGGUCAGGGGGCACGUCCCCCCCACUCUUUGUGACAGGAACCAGCUGGGGCGGCGGUGUCCCCCCCCCGGGGCAAAGCUGCCCCCAGCCCUGCCAGCCCAGCCACAUCCGUAGGGCUGGGGUGGCACUGGGGAGGGGAGUGCAAGUGGCACAGAGAUGGACCCCUGACCCACGUAUUUGGGGAGCAGCAUCGUGGGCGCCAUCCUGAAUAAAGGCAC